CUCCUCCUUUCUCUGCUGGAAAUUUCCCUCCGCCGCCACCCACCAACCACCGACGAGCCAUGAUGUCACUGAAUCUAACUCACCCUCCAACCCCCGCCGCUUCCCCCAAAUCCACCACCGGCCACCGCCGCCUCUUUUCCGUCCCCGCCACUUUCCCCCAACUCCACCGCCGAAACCCUUCUCUCAUUUCCGCAUCCGCCACCAAUGGCGACCAAUCUCGAUUCCUCCCCGACCAAUCAGCUAUCCCCAGAUCUCGCUUCGCCGUCAAAUCGACGGCGGCGGCAGAAGGGAGCGGUUCAUCAAUCCCGGAUUCGAAUCCCAAACCCGCCGUCAACCAAACCCUAAAACUCGCCACCGUAUUCGAGCUCUGGUACUUCCACAACGUAAUCUUCAACAUCUACAACAAGAAAUCCCUAAACGUCUUCCCCUACCCAUGGUUCCUCGCCACGUUCCAGCUCUUCACCGGCUGCAUCUGGAUGCUGGCCAACUGGUCAAUCAACCGCCGGUUCCCCAAAAUCUCCAAGGAGUUCCUCCUCGCCCUCCUCGGCCCGGCGCUGUUCCACACCGUCGGCCACAUCUCCGCCUGCGUCUCCUUCUCUAAAGUCGCCAUCUCGUUCACCCACGUCAUCAAAUCCGCCGAGCCCGUCUUCUCGGUCAUCUUCUCGUCUUUCCUCGGCGAGAUCUACCCUCUCAAGGUAUGGCUCUCGAUCCUCCCCAUAGUCUUCGGCUGCUCAUUGGCCGCAGUCACCGAAGUCUCCUUCAAUUUGGGAGGACUCUCUGGAGCCAUGAUCAGCAACUUCGGCUUCGUCCUGAGAAACAUCUACUCCAAGAAGAGCCUGCAGAAUUUCAAAGAAAUCGACGGGUUGAAUUUGUAUGGAUUGAUUAGUUUAGUCUCGUUUGUUUACCUGCUCCCCGUCGCGAUUCUCGUCGAGGGCUCGCAGUGGGUUGGGGGUUACAAGAACGCGAUUGUGGCAGUGGGCGGGAGGUCGAUGGAGUUUUAUGGAAUGGUGCUCUGUUCUGGGAUCUUCUAUCACUUGUACAACCAGUCGUCGUACCAGGCGCUUGAUGAUAUCAGUCCAUUGACGUUCUCUGUUGGGAACACGAUGAAGAGGGUGGAGGUGAUUGUUGCCACCGUGUUGUUCUACAGGAAUCCGGUGAAGCCAUUGAAUGCUCUGGGGUCCGGGAUUGCGAUCCUGGGGACGUUUUUGUACUCUCAGGUGACGGCGAAGAAAGGGAAGAAGAAGGAGGAGGAGCCUGCAGUGGGAGAUGAGAAGAGCAGGGAGUCGGAAGAAGAUCUAGAAAAGCUGAGGGAUGAAAAAGAUGGUGAAAUACGAAAGCUGAAAGAGGAGAUGGAGGAUGCAAGCGAAAAGCACGAGGAGGAGCUGCGAAAGUCGAGAAAGGAAAAGGACGAGGUGCAAAAGCAGUUGACGAAGAAAAACGACGGCGUGCAGCAUACGCUCAAAAGGGCGAGCGACGACGACGACUUGCAAAAGCUGAGGAAGGAGAAGGUCGAGGAAGUGCGAAAGCUAAGAGAGGAAAUGCAAGAAGAGAUAGAAAAGGCGAGAAAGGAGAAAGAUGAAGAGGUGGAGGCAUUAAAAAGAGAAAGAGACGAGGGAGCAAAGCCGAGCAAAGAGCAGAACGAGGAACUAAAAAAAUUGAGGGAGGAGGUAGAAACUCUGAGAAGGACUGAGAAUGAUAAAGCAUGUAAAACAACGAAGAAGGAGGAAGAGAUGGCAAAAGUGCUCGAAAAUGAGCGAAGAAAGAACAAGGACGAAGCAUUGCAGAGGCUGAUCAACGAAAAGGAUACCGAGCUCGAAAAGCUGAGGAACGAGCAUGAAGAAACGAUGAAAGAGAACGCUGCCGAAACGAGAAAGCUGAGGGAACAGUCGUCGCGACACGAGCUGGAGCAACGUCGGAAGCAAUCAUGGAUGGCGCUACCUACGACACCGUACACCACUGGUGAGACAGACCACAAAAGCAGAAGACGGGCGGUGCCACCAAAUACUUGGUGCAACGUUAGUGGGAGUUACAUCUACUACCAUGAUAAUAAUUUGAAGGCGGCGGACUUAUGUGGGUUCCUUCAAGGAACUUUCCAAGUUGGAGUGGUGGAGGAAGACACCAAAGAUUGGUUGUCGCCCCCUGCGACUAAUAUAUAUUGUGGGGGCAGUGAAUCAUUCGACCGCAACAACUGGUGGUUUGUGAAGAUAUUGCAUCCGAAUGACGGCCUUAUUAUGUUGGCAUAUUACGACGGGGACCGAAGCUAUACUGCUGGGUACAGAGGUUACACUACCAAGUUUCCGAUGCCCAGGGACAUUGGUAUGCAGACAAACACAGUUUUCUUCAUGAUUCAUUUGUUUGGCGAAUUCAAGCUUGCUUUCCUCUACCGGGACUUACUAUAGGCAAUCGGAGAGGCUAGCUGUUCGUUUUUCCCGCUGUGUUUACGGUUCGUGGAUUUGAAAAAUGAAGGUUUUGGUAUAACUUGAGUUUUGAUAAAUUAUGGAUAAUAUGAGGGUUUUGGGUUCAUUAUGGAUUUGAAAAAUACCAUUGUUUGUUUCAUGAUUUUCAUUAUGGAUUUUGUUAUUUAAAUUUGUAUGUAUGAGGUGAACUUUAUCUAUAUUGUCCUCAAUCAUAUAUUAAGACUUAAGAGAAAGAAAAUAUGAGGGGUAGGUUAGUAAAAAAUGAUGGACUUCAAAGUCCAUGAUCAACUCCCACCUAAAAAGGUUGGAUUUUUAAGUUCGUGGGGCCCACGAAUUUGGACCCUUAAAGUCCAUGGGUCCCACGAAUUUGAUUCCAUUAAAUACUUGAAGCAAACAAUGAAUUUUGGACAAAAUU